AUGACAGCGACGAAGAAGCGUGCCGUUGGAAAGCAGGCAGAGCCACAGCCUGUCGGCACCAUUGUGCCAGUGAACAACCCAACUUUGCUGAAGAUUGCAGAAGGGAUGAAGCUGCUGGUCUCAUGUUCUUGUAGGUUUGCAUUGACAGAUGUGAGAAGCAAUAGACCCAUGAUGUUUCAGCAAAGGCUCCCCCAUGUCGUGGAAUUCAUGAAGAACAUCAGCCCGGCAACACCAGCGGGAGGAAUCCAGGAGUUCAGCCUGGACGAUUACAGGGCGAGCAUGAAAAGCGUGCAAAACUACACAUGUGUGGUGCCUGUGACGGCGAUUCCUCCUUAUGCAACGGUGCACAGCGGCCUCAUCCCCAGCCUCGCGUCCAUCAAGAAUGUCCAGGACACUUUCUGGUCAGAGGAAGGCCCGGGACAGCUGAUGUUCUCAGAGAGCAUCAGUGUGGUGGCUUGGAGCGCGAAUGAGCGCCCGGGCGAGAAGGAGUUGGUUCCUUUGGACAAGGACAGCUACAGGAUGGGGUUCUGGUUUUCGCUCUUCGAAGCGGAGUCGCCGAAUCGCCUGGACGCCUUGAGAUCCAUCUCCGGCUCCAUGCGUGUGACCUUCGUUCUGGUUAGUUCACGAGAAGACAUGGAACGCAAGAGGUGGAAGCUCAGCUCUUCGAGCUCGGCUUUGGCCGAGAACAUGGUUUUGCUUGGGUACAAAAGGCUCCUGGCCAUUUAUGACCUGAAAGAAUCCUUGAAGAGCUGGGGGAAGGACGCCAGUGACCGCGUUUCUGCCUGGCUGGAACGUGAGAAGAUCUACAUGAAGGAGAGCGUCAUCGCAUCCAUCUGCAGGAUUCGAAAAAGGAUGGCCGAGGCCAAGGCCGACAUUGUCAUGGAUCAGGUAGAAGAGAUCUUGAAGGUUGUGGAUCAUCCGUUGGCCAAAACCGGCACUUUGGAGAAGCUGACCAGCAUGACCAAGCUGGCCAACGCUCCCCUGCAGAACGAACUGCUGCUGUUUGUCGUGUCCGCACUCAUGGUCCUCUUCAGGUCCAAGACUCUCGGCCUGGAGGCGACUCGCGAGACGCUGGUGCAGCACGCUCGAGCGGCUCUGCUGGCCAGGAGGAUCAUCAACUACAUGCUGAUGAAGCUGAAGCCGCCCGGCCCCGCGGAGGAGAAUCCCAGAAGCCCUGCCGGUUUCCACAAGAACUUCCUGUCCUUCGAGAACUUUGAGUCCAGUCGGUUGGCGGACGAGUGCUCCGAUCACACGUGGCUGGCAGGGCUGUAUGGCUACCAGCGCGAGGCCCUCCCACAGCUCAAGCAGUUCCUUGUGGGAGAUUUGCAGAUCUACAGCGUGCUCAUCAAGCUGUGUGACAAUGAUCCCCUGGUUCCAGCCGAAGUUGCCCUACAGCAAACGUCUGUCAUGAAGCUGGUGACUUUGAAGGAGCUCCUGGACAUGCGUGAGAAGGAGCUUCGCCCUCCAGAAGAUGAGCCCGCGCCUCCAUCUGAGCCUGCAGAGCCUGCGCCGGUGACCAUCGAAGAGCCGGAGAAGAAGGCAGAGGAGGCAGGCAUCAUCCAGGAGCAAGAGGAGAUUCCCCCCGUCAUGGACGAGGAAGCGCGGGCUCCCAUCCCUGAGCCAGACAAUCGGGCCAUGUUUCCAUCGGUGAUUGUCGCCGAUUUCCAGUUGGACCUGCUGAAGCAGAUGGAGGCCCCGACCUUGGCGAAGAUGAAGACGUAUGCGGACAUGCGUCGGAAACUUAGCAGGGCCACCUAUGUGAAUCUCUCCAUCGUCGGCAACAACAUCACCUCCAUCAAGGGCGCGCUGAUGGAGGCGGCGGCAGGCUGGCCGGCUGGGAUCUUCCAUCUUGACGGGAAGUGCUUUGGGGGGCUCAGUGCUAGCGCUGCAGCCCCCAUGAACUUCUAUCGCCAGUACUUGGCCUUCUUGUUCGACCCGGACAGCGGCGCCUUCAGAGAGGAGGACCUUCUCAUCGUGUCGCCAGGGAACUCGCAAAAGGCCUACGAGGCGGCGAAGCGAGGGGUUCAGAAGUCAGCAAAGGAGCUCUGGCGACAUAUGAAGGCGUCUCCCAUCGUUUGUCAGCGGCGAGGCCUCCAGCAGAUCCGGCUGAUGAACACGAACAAGGAGCGCCUUCGCGGCAGUUUCCCUGACCCGCUGGAAACAGUGUUGCUGCUGAAAGGCAAGCAAUGCACGCUUCCAUCCAGGGAAAGGAAGCACUUGGACUUGCCCGGCUGCAGCAAGGACAGUGGCAUCGCCAACCUGCGCAUGAAGACUGUGGACGAGAUGGCGCUGCUGGUCCGCAAGUCCGUCUGGGAGGAGAACUUCUCCAAGGUGCUGGCGGCAAGCACUGAUGAGGGCGGCGACGAGGAGGCCCAGGCCACUGAUACCGCUGCAGAGCCCGUGCUGGAGGGACCGACCGAGGAGGUCGUGCAGUUUUGCCUUUUCGAGAGACCUGAGAUGGUCUGCAGGGAAUGGAUCAAUCUUUUUGGAGAGGAACGCUCACCGCACACUUCGGUGCAGAAGCAAUCCUCCAUCAUGAUCGACUUCUCCCCGGGAGCUGGUUCCAUGGCACUGGCUUGUGCCAGAGAUUUACAUGUCUACUAUGGACUGUGCUUCACAGCGUCGCAGCGGGAUGUGAUCUUUGACUCCAUCCGCCUGACAAUCAUGCUGGAGUUGAUCAUGAACAAAAGGAAUGGGUUUUCUACAAGCCGCUUCCUUUCCAGGGAGCGCUCCCUGGGCGGAACCAGUGCAACGGCUUCCAUGACUUCGCCGGCAGACACUGAUUCCAAGGCACGGUCUUGGACAAACUGA